AACAAAAAUUAAAUCUUGAAAAAUAGCUAGGCACUGCAUGACUGAGCUAAGAGAGAGAGAGAGAGAGAGAGAGAGAGAGAGAGAGAGAUUGAGAAACAAGGGGAGAGCUUUGGAGUUUCCUGCAGAUUGGCAUAACCUCCCCUUUUCUUCUUUCAUCCUCGGCCUUUCCAAAGUAGUAACCAAAACACCAAGCCUUCAAUUGCUGUGUCAAUCUCCGCCGUGUCUAUUGGUCUCAAAUUCUUUUGCUACAACUACACAACUACAAUACAUAUUUUCAUUUUCUUGGUAUAUACUGUAUGGCAAAUGCAUCUAAUUUCUUUACACCUUCAGUUCCAAGCCUUAGGAGGAGGAUUAAACCUUCAAUAGGGAUUAUUGGAUCUGGGUUUCUCUCCUCCGAGAGUAUAUCCAAGAGGGUAUUUUGCUUCAGCUCCAUUGAAGGUGCAGAGAAGCUUUCUACUUCUCAAUCUCGAACACCCGGGUUCAUUACUAAAGGCUGUAAGUUAGUUGGAAGUGGUUCAGCAGCACCCACUCUUCGGGUUUCAAAUGAUGAUCUUGCAAAAAUUGUUGAUACAAAUGAUGAAUGGAUAUCCGUUCGAACUGGGAUUCGAAAUCGAAGAAUUCUUUCGGGCAAAGAUAGCUUGAUUUCUCUAUCUGUGGAGGCAGCUAGGAAGGCUCUUCAGAUGGCAGAGGUGGAGCCUGAUGAUGUGGAUCUAAUCUUGAUGUGCACAUCUACUCCAGAGGAUCUUUUUGGUAGUGCUCCUCAGAUACAAAAGGCACUACGCUGCAAAACAAAUCCUUUAGCUUAUGAUAUUACAGCUGCAUGUAGUGGAUUCGUCUUGGGUCUGGUCUCAGCUGCUUGUCACAUUAGGGGAGGUGGGUUUCAAAAUGUAUUGAUAAUUGGUGCUGAUUCUCUUUCUCGAUAUGUUGACUGGACGGAUAGAGGAACUUGUAUUCUGUUUGGGGAUGCUGCAGGUGCUGUGCUUGUACAGGCCUGUGACAGCAAGGAUGAUGGUUUGUUUAGUUUUGACUUGCAUAGUGAUGGUGAUGGCCAAAGACAUUUGAAUGCCGCCAUCAAAGAAAAUGAAGUGGAUCAUGCAUUGGGAUCUAAUGGUUCAAUUUUAGGCUUCCCUCCCAGGCGCUCCUCAUAUUCUUGCAUUCAGAUGAAUGGAAAAGAGGUUUUUCGUUUUGCUGUGCGAUGUGUGCCACAAUCUAUAGAGUCUGCUCUUGAAAAGGCUGGUCUCACUGUGUCUAGCAUUGAUUGGUUACUGCUCCACCAGGCAAAUCAGAGGAUCCUUGAUGCAGUUGCAACACGCUUAGAAGUCCCACCAGAAAGGAUCAUAUCAAAUUUAGCAAAUUAUGGUAACACAAGUGCUGCUUCCAUUCCAUUGGCUUUGGACGAAGCUAUUCGAAGUGGGAAGGUGAAGCCAGGCCACACUAUUGCAACUGCAGGUUUUGGAGCCGGCCUAACCUGGGGUUCUGCAAUUAUUAGAUGGGGCUGAAAAUUUUCAUAUCCUAUCUACCAAUUAUCAGUAUAAAAGAGCUCCCUUUCUACAUGUAUUGGAGGUAAUCAGAGGGAUUGCAAAUGCAAAUGCAAAAUCUCCAAUGGCCCCCGUUUGUUUGCCUGCUUUUUGUAGGCGUCUUUAUUUUUGUCCUCUAAUAAAUUUUAUUCUUUUUGUUGAAGUCUCAAAACUCCUUGUAUUUUCAAUUUGAUCACCAUUGUAAGCUUUAGGUAAGGCAUUUUAUUUGCGAUA